CUAAAUGAGGAAAGGCGUUCGGUUUAUGUUAGGAUGAGUAGUUUAGGAAAAUGAUACAUUGUCAAUAACCCUACCUCUACAAGGUUAUGAAAUCGUACGCUUCCAAGGAAAAUGAUACAUUGUCAAUAAAAAAAAAACUUGGUUCUGAUGUGGUACAAGUGAAAUCUCGAAUAAAAAGUGAAAAAAUCAAUAUGGGUUGGCAGGAUCUCCCGAGUGAUGUAGCAGGGACGAUACUCGACCGCCUUCCGAUCUCCGACCAAGUCCGUUUCGGGGCCGUGUGUCGAGCAUGGCUAUCGAUACAGAGAGACCAAUAUCACGGUCACGUUCCUCCUCUUCCUCGGCUGCUCCGUCUCCCUCUCCUCAUCCCCCCUCAACAAGAACAACAAGAAGCUACGAUGGCAUGUUACAGCCCUUUCGAGCAAAGAUUCUACAGGUUCCAUCUCUCUUUUCCGAUUGCUGGCCUUCGCUGUUUAUGUUCCUCCCACGGUUGGCUUCUCCUCCUUGACUCGCACCGUGACUACGCGGCCCUCACCUUGGCGAAUCCUGUCUCUGGCAUCCAAAUAAAACUCACCGAUCUCUAUACUUCCCGCUACUUGUUCUCCGGAUGCGUGUCCUCCCCUCCUGACGAUCCUUCUUGUUGUGUGAUUGUCGCCGGCACCAGUUCGGCCUUCUUGUGGCGAGCAACCCACCCUGGGCGGUGGACCUAUUUAAAGGAAUUGCCAGAUUGGUGGUGGAUAACCUCGAUCGUCUUCUGCAAAGGACGCUUCUACUGCAGACAUUCAGGCGGAAGGGUAUUAGCUGUUGAUCCAUGCCUGCCUCCUCCUACUAAUACCAGCGUUUAUGGUAUGAGAAGGUACCCGAGGAGUGAUGAUGAGGUUGCGUGGGAAAUCUUGGCCGAGUCUGACGGGGACUUAAUAUUGGUUGACGCUGUAGCGUCGACGGGCACAACAAUAAUAAGAGUGUUCACACCCGAUUUUCGUUCCAAGAUUUGGUCGAGAGUCGGAAGUCUCGGUGGCCGAGUGCUGUUUCUAAGUAAAAACUGCUCGGUUUCGAUGGAAGUAGCAGAUGGUGGAAGUCUCGGUGGCCGAGUGCUGUUUCUAAGUAAAAACUGCUCGGUUUCGAUGGAAGUAGCAGAUGGUCAGGAGGAGGAUUGCGUAUAUUUUCCUGGGUCUCUGUUUGGUCGGUUUUGGAAACGGAAUUGGAGUCCGUGGAUGAAAUUUGAGUUGAAGACGGGUAAGAUGGUUCAUGGCGGAGUUCCAGAGAGCAUGAUCCCUGAAUAUAUCGGAUCAAAUUUCUUGAAAAAUAGACUACUUUGGCUCUCUCCAACAGUAUCAUCUGUCGCAGUGUUGCGGAACGUUAAAGAUGACGCCGCAUCCAUCGCAAUGACGUGGGACGCUAAAGGGGGCACAUCCAUUGCAAUGAUGCGGGACGUUAAAGAUGACGCAUCCAUCGCAAUGACGCGGGACGUUAAAGACGACGCCGUUAGGUCUGAGGGUUAUCUGACAAAACUGUAUUGGCGUUGUGUGCCAUUUUUAAUAGUUUUUGUUGUUAUUCCGAAAUUGGCAAAAAAUGCCAAAAGUUAA